GCAAACUUCACGGCAAUUUCGGCGGGAGAAAGAGAGUCUAUCCUUCAAACUGUAACAACAGCAUCUUUGGUGUCAUGGAUCAAAUGAACGUAAGCAAUAUAACUUUGAUUGUUGAAACUAUGGACAAUUCUACGGAAACAGGUUUAAAUGAAAUGGAAAUGAAGGAAACGGAUGGCUUUAAUAAAUUCGUCUUGGCUCUUUACGGCAUAAUCUGCGUGGUUGGAAUCAUUGGUAACUUACUGGUUGCCAUCGUACUCCUCCGCGUGCCGUCCCUACGCUCCAACACCAGUGAUUUCUUAGUGCACCUCUCCAUUGUCGACUUCAUGGUGUGUGUUCUGGUCAUCCCAACGUAUCUCACACCAGCAGGGUCAAAAACACCAGCAAAUCCCGGAGGCUUUGCAGAGUUUUGGUGUCGCUUUUACACCUCCAAGUUCCUCUACUGGAGCUUCGCGAUCACUUCUGUGUUCAGUUUGAUCACAGUCAACAUGGAGCGCUACGUAGCCAUCGUCUACCCACACAAGUACAAGAAAGUUUUCUCCAGACGCAACAAGUACCUGAUGAUUGCUGCUUGUUGGGUCUUGGCCGCAAUAACCAAGGUUUAUAAGCCUUGCUUGUUUGAGGUGGACAGAGAAAAGGGUUGCCGAUCUGUGCCGUGGCCUAGCAAGGGAGCUCAGGCGGCAUUUGGUGUUUACAAUUUCACAGUCAACUUCUUUGCUCCGUUUGUUCUGAUGGGUUUCGCGCAGUGGAGGGUGAUUUCUUCACUAAACAGGCAGGUUAAGGUACUCAACCGAAGAGCAGAUUCUUCGGUCCUUAACCCCAGAGAUCAGCGUGAAAUGUGGCAGCUCCGGGCCGCACAGACCCUGGUCAAGACCCUCCUGGUCUGCGUGAUUUCCUUCGUGGUCUGCUGGGCUCCAAACCAGGUCAGGUUCCUUCUGCUGAACCUGGGUGCCCCGCUCCAGCAGGGAUCGCAUUUCCAGUUCAUCAGCGUUAUCUUAUCCGUGGGCAACUCCUGCGUGAAUCCUGUCAUCUAUACCUUGACGAACAAGCCGUUCCGUAAAGGGAUCAGAGAUGUGUUUUGUAAGAAGCGGGAUUCGAACCAGGUGGGAAACAGUACCAGUGGUACCGUAGCCACCGUAUCUCAGACCCUGUAA